UUUUCACUUUAUAUUAGUAGUUCGUAUCUGUGAGCUUUCCUCAUUCACCUAACCAUAAAGAUCAAUUUCAUGGAGUCUCACUCUCUAUCUUCUCAAACCAUUCGCGCCAAAUUACCUACACAAUCUCUUCCUCGUGCCUUCAAUGGACCAAACCCUAAAUCUCUCUUCUCAUUGCCUUCUUCUCCAAGUCGCAUUUCUCCGAUGAUGCCUCUUCUCACAUCUUCACGGCAUCUGGAAAUCCACCGCCGGAGUACCUCGUUUACUCUGCAGACUUCGAAUUCGAGCUCAAAAUUCCGCGCACGUGCUGUCGGAAGUGAUUCUGGCCGCCAAUUGGAUGUGACUAGAGAGCUAAUCGUUCUGAACUCUGCUUUGACUUUGGUGCUUGGUGUUGGGAAUCGGGUGCUUUACAAACUUGCGCUUGUUCCGAUGAAGGAGUACCCCUUUUUUCUAGCUCAGGUUACUACUUUUGGGUACUUGGCUAUUUAUUUAUCCAUUUUGUAUGCAAGAUAUCGUGCUGGUAUUGUAACGAAGGAGAUGGUGGCCUAUCCAAAAUCACGCUUUUUGCUCAUUGGUUUCCUCGAAGCCCUUGGGGUAAUAUGUGGAAUGUAUGCUGGAGCCAUGCUUCCUGGACCAGCCAUACCAAUACUUAGUCAGACCUUCUUGGUGUGGCAGUUGACUCUCUCUGUGUUCAUUCUUGGACGAACAUACUCCUUGAAUCAAAUUGCCGGAUGCUUAUUGGUUGCUGCUGGAGUGGUACUAGCUGUAACAAGCGGGUCAGACUCCAACCAGAUGCUGGCAGGAAUUGCAUUUGUUUGGCCAGUAUUGAUGGUAGCUUCGAGUGCAUUCCAAGCUGCUGCAUCUAUUAUUAAGGAGUUCGUUUUUAUUGAUGCUGCUAGCCGACUCAAGGGGAAGGUGCUUGAUAUCUUUGUCGUCAAUUCCUUUGGAUCUGGAUUCCAGGCUCUGUUUGUUCUCCUUUUUCUGCCUCUUCUUUCAAACUUGAAGGACAUACCAUUUUCUGAGCUCCCUUCAUUUCUUAAGAGCGGUGCUGGUUGCUUCUUCAACAUAGGGAACAAUGUUUCAGGUUGUGAUGGAGCACCGUUGCUACCCCUUCUUUACAUAUUUACAAAUAUUGCUUUCAACAUAUCAGUUCUCAAUCUUAUGAAGAUUUCAUCUGCUGUAAUUUCAUCCCUUGUUGUGAUGUCAUCAGUGCCUUUGUCAGUGUAUCUUCUCUCCAUGCCGCUGCCAUAUCUCCCACAAGGUUCAAGUUUGAGCCCUUUCUUCCUUCUUGGCAGUGCUGUCCUUCUCAUUGGUCUUAUCCUGUAUAACAUUCCACGGACUCAGAAGCAAGACACAGAAUUGUGACUCAUUUGAAUCAUUG